AUGACAGAAUAUCAGCGUACUCCAGUUCAUCUCGCCGAUGCCGGUUUGAAAGAGCUCGAACGGUAUUUCCUUUCGAAAUCGACCGGCAAACUUCGACUCCAAGUUUCAUUGGACGAUCCGAAUAUGGAGCUCCAUCUCACCGCCCGACAAGUCGCCAAACUGCACGGGGACAAAUCCUAUCGGCUCUUGACGUUGAGUCAUAUUCAACUCCGAGCCACGAAACGGAUGAUCAAAGAGGGUGGAUUUUCGAUUCCCGUCGGUGCCAUUGUCAAUGCUGUCACCAGUACCGUUGGGAAAGCUCUCGCCUCCACCGCCAUUCGAAAUGCCACGAAAGGCGCGAUUGAAGCGGGACCGGGGACCCAUUGGGUGUGUGUGUAUAAUGUGGAUCCGGAGUAUGUUUAUUACUUUGAUAGCUUUGGUCUGGAUCCGCCGGAAGAAGUGAAGAAAUUUAUGAAAACGAGUGGGAAAAAGAUUAUCGGUUCCAUUCGACAAGUCCAAGAUCCGGAUAGUGUCGCCUGUGGAUGGUUUUGUUUGGAUUGCAACUCCGAUAAAAUGGAAACGUAUUGUCUGCGAUGCAAAUCUAAAACCGAGGAUGUGGAUCCCGCCGAGGUCACCACUCCAAAAGGACGACUCCAGCGCAAAUCCAAGUGCGGAGUUUGCGGUGCCCAAAAGUCUCGAUUCUUGAAGCAGGAAAAGUCUGGAGGGAUGUUUGUCAAGGGUUACACCGGUGAUACGAGACUGGAUAUGGCCACGCCAUCCGGGAUGACUCGAGAGGAGUACAACCAAUUCAUCGAUGAGCAACGGGAACAGCGGAAGAAGAAGAAGUCCGGUGAAGGCCUGGUCGAUGGGGCCAAAAAAAGUCCAGCAAGCGAAAGACGCAGUGAUUAA